AAUUUGUGAGUUUAUUCAAUUAAUUACCUUUUCCCAAUAGAAAAGUGAAUGGAAAAUGGCCAUUAUGUUGAAUAGAUGACAGUUCCUUGCCUCAGUAUCGACUGCACCAAACAUUGACUUUCCAGAGAACUAUACACAAUCUUAACCAAGAAAAUACAUCAAUAAUUUUCCAUCAUUUCUUGCACUCAAUCACUUAAACCAAACAUUUCUUUCAUUUUUAUAAAUUUCUUGUGAUAGUGAGCCUUCUUAAAUCUCAUCUAUAAAAGCAGGCUCAAAACAAGAGUCUCAGCAACAAGUUUUACUAAAUCUAAAGUCUUUUUUUGGUAGUAGUUUGGUCUUUUAACCAUGAAUUCUUCAAGCCAAGCAAAAGCAGUACCAUUGAUCAUGGCCCUAUUAUUUAUGCUGCUAAUUCUCUUACUUGCACCAACUUCAGAAGGUGCUAUCUCUUGUGGCACUGUGAUUAGCAACGUUAAGCCAUGCAUCAGCUAUUUACAAGGUACUGGUGGGAAGCCACCACAACCUUGCUGUGCUGGUUGUCAAUCUCUUUCAUCUGCUGCUGCAACUACAGCAGAUAGACAGGCUGCAUGCACUUGUCUCAAGAAUGCAUAUCAAAAGAUCAAAAUAAAUGGUCAACUAGCACAGGGUCUUCCUAAGAAUUGUGGAAUCUCCUUAUCCGUCCCUAUCUCACCCAGUGUUGAUUGCACCAAGAUCAAUUGAAGUUGUUUAAGGAUGAUAGAAGGCAUGUUUUUGGUGUGAGCUACAUAUAUAGCAAAUAAUUUGUUGGAAUGUAACUGUCUUUUUCUGCUUUGUGUAUGUACAUGUUAUGUUCAGAGCUCUGUGUAUUAAAUGAGCUGUGCUUACGUAUUAAAUGCCGUAUUUUGUGAGAAUUAUCAAAUAAAACUUCGAUUUUUUUUU